AUGUCUUUUGGACUGCCCGCGGGGGAGCUAUCCAAAAGUGAUAACAUUCAUUCUUGGUGGGAUGCAGAUAAGCUUGCCGAGAUUGAAUCUUUCAAACAUCAGUGCAACGACUUGAACUUGAAGAUAAUGUCUUGCUUCGCCGUCAACAUGGGUCUUCCGGGAGACUUUUUCUCGGCUUCGCAUAAACAAGAGCUACCAGGUAACACGUUCAAAAUCAUUAAAUACCCAAAAAUGGACAAACAGCCAGAGGGUUUUAUUCCUCGGCUAUCCGAGCACACCGACUGGGGAAGCGUGACCCUGUUGUUCACAGAGUCGCCUGGUUUGGAAAUUCGCGAUCCCAAUAAUCAAUGGCAUGAAGUGCCCGUCAUUCCCGGGGCAAUUACGAUUAACAUAGGUGAUGCUCUUUCACUGUGGACUGGAAAGAUGCUCAAAUCAACAAUGCAUCGUAUUUCCUGGGACAAAGUUCCGAGAUCUCAGGAUCGCUACAGCAUGCCUUACUUCGUGCACCCAAACUUCGAUACCAAUCUUCGGCUCAAUGCACGUUCAGGUGAAGCUGAUGACCAAGAGCUUACGUAUAGUGACUACUACAAAGUUCGGCUUCGAUUGACUUGGGGUAGCUUGGAGCAGAAGGAUGGCACCAAAAAGUUUGGUGAUGGCGAUAAUAAGACAUUAGAAUAUUUGAAGAUGCUGGGUGUUGCAAACGCGGGAACCUUGGAAUCGCACAGUGUCACUGCAUGA